CUAAGAUCUUGAAGCGGCAUGGCGCCGGGGGCCGAGGAAGCGCAGCACUUUGCCGGUCCGUUCCUGCUGCUGGAGCGUCCGCUGCUCGACGGUCGGUGCGUGUACUGCAGCGCGCCGACGACGGCAGCAAACUGCGCCGUGUGCAGUCGUCCAGUCGACGUUCCCUGGCUCACGACGGCGUCGGUGACGAUCCGCUUGGGCUCGCGCCUUCAGCUGUCGACGCCGCCAACGCCGCUCGAGGGAGUCGUCGUGGCGGUUGAUGUUUAUGCCAAGUACAUCGAGCUGCUGACGGGCGUCCAAAGCCAGCCCCUUGUGCAGUGGAAGCUCCAGCGGCUGCGCGCGUCCGUCUUGCCCAGUGUCGAGGUGCUGUCUCCCGAGAGCCCGUGGCACGCGAUCCUCGAUAGCUACGGCUUUUGCGGCGACUGCCGGUCGCCAUACCGCAUCGGCAAUGCGGGCCAGCUCCGCGAUUCGAGCGCUGAGCACAGCGUACGCGCCAACGUGGCCAAGAAGGAGCGACUGCGCUUCUAUGAAGCGCAGAGGCAGGCGCUUCUUGAGCGCAAGGCGGCGGCGCGCGCGGCCCACGCGCCGUCCCGGACACUCGUCGAGCUUUCGGCCAAGCUCCGUGACGAAGCGAUCAACAUCCUACGCGCCAAGCGAGACCUCGAGCCGGUCCAAGUGGCAUGUCCUCACUGCGGCUGGACACCGCUACCAAGCGCAGGGCCACGCCCAGGAGCUGCCACCCACGGGUGACAGAGCGCACGUUGGCAUUGACUUGGUGUCUUCACCCGGCCACCACUCCUAGUCCUCGCUUGCUACAAGAAACUCAUGGUUAUAUUACUGACGAUAUUGUACUGCAGUGUGG